AGUAAAAUAUUAAUAUGGUUUUAAGGUAGUACUAUGCGAAUAUCCUUGCUAUUUAAAAGAUACGCCGCUGGGUCUUAACACAUGCAUUUUACAAGACGACUGCACCAAUUAGAGGUCAACACAUUACUCCCGUUAGACAUUCCAUCGUUACGGUACCCCGGACUCCUCGACAUCUCGCCAAAAACAAUCGGCCAGUCCGCCGACACCGCUCAAACCGUCCACGUCGCGAAACCAUGCUCAUCCUCACGCUGUUCCUCUUCUGCGUCGCGACACAGGCGUCGCCGGUGCCCGCGAAGUACCGCGAGGUCGACGGCAAAGUGCUCUACGACCAGCGGCAAGAGGGCGAAUGGAACGUGCGCGCCGACCUCAAGAACUUCCUCAUCCUCAUCAUCCCGACAAAGCAGAACAGCAGCCCACCGUCCGGUGCGCCGACCCUCCUCGACUUCAUCAGCAAAUCGGUGCCCAAAGCUCAGCACGUCAAGGCCGCGCAUCCGGCCAAGACUGAGGGACAAGAAACGAUGCACUUCAUCGAGUCGAAAACGGCACCGUACCACGUGGACCUCACCAAAACCAAGUUGCAGGAGAAGAAGGCCGCCAGAUUGGCAAGGGCGGUAGUACUGAACGUGCCGGAGGAGAAAUUCGUGCUGAGCAGCACUGAGGAUCACAAAAAGGUGGUGAAGAAGGAUAACAAGAAGAAAGUGAAGGAUGUUUCGAAGGAGAUGACGCUUUUAGGGUCCGAAAAUGAACAAUGCGGUCCCGGACUGAUCAGGGACUCUCUAGGAAUUUGCAGGGUUGUUUAAAUUUUAGUUAAGAAUAGUUAUUUAUUGUUACUGUAAUUUAUUUAAAUAAAUUUUUAUAAACACAA